AUGAUAUUGGUGAUGUUCAACAACUGGGAACUUGGAAAUUGUCCCUGGUAUAAAAAAAAUGUGACAAUAAUACUUGCUAAAAAUGUUUUGCUUUGGGACAUCGUUCCAAGAUGUCAACCUGCAAUACAAAGACGGACCAGCAGAUGGGGCAAGGCUCAUACGGGGAGAUCGCAGCACAAGAAGAAAGUAUGGAUUACGUCCUGUCAUUCACCGGGAAGGGCGCCCGGUCCAUCCGAGACGCGGUUUCCAGUCGAAUGUGGCCCUCGUCGCCCAGAGAAGUUUACUUCAAAGACACUUUUGCCGAUCGGACAGAUUUGCUUGGAGAAAACGGCGGAGCCAAAGGUGGAGUCCCGGGAUACGUUGAACAGUAUUGCACUGAAGUUUGACACCACGCCCAAUGAGCUGGUCCAGCUGAACAAGCUCUUCUCCAGAGCAGUUGUGCCUGGCCAGGUUCUCUAUGUUCCGGACCCCGAGUAUGUUUCCAGCGUGGGAAGCUCACCCUCACUCAGUCCCAUCAGCCUGCUGUCUCCCACCUCCUCUGAGGCCGACCUAGAGAAGGUCACAGACUCUGAUGGGCCCCCCCGGCCAGAAGCCCCGCCUCCCCCCUCCACCGGGCUCCGCCCCACCCGAGUGGUGUCAUCAACUUCCGAGGAGGAAGAGGCCCUUACUGAGAAGUUCCUCAAGAUCAACUGCAAGUACAUCACAGACGGCAAGGGAGGAAGGAAAAGCCCCUUAAAGGUUGAACUGACAGCCAUCUUCAGCAUCAAACCUGUACACACAAGUUCAGUCAGAAAAUACGAAAGUAGUGAAUGGGGGCGCCGAAAUGGACUGGGGUCCCCUCCAAGGGAAAGACCUCAGCUCUACGAUGGACCUCAGCCUCAGCCAGGGGAAAGACCUCAGCUCUACGAUGGACCUCAGCCUCAGCCAGGGGAAAGACCUCAGCUCUACGAUGGACCUCAGCCUCAGCCAGGGGAAAGACCUCAGCUCUACGAUGGACCUCAGACUCAGCCAGGGGAAAGACCUCAGCUCUACGAUGGACCUCAGCCUCAGCCAGGGGAAAGACCUCAGCUCUACGAUGGACUGACAUCCCUUCUGGGGACAAACCUCAGCCUCGCCAUGGACUCUCAGGAUUAGCUCAACCCAGUGCCUUGUCCUGUCUGAGAUCAG